AUGGCUUCAGCAACAGGAAUCCCAGAAAACAACUCCGCUGUGGCAGAAGAAGAGCCUCUCUUGGGCGCCCCCGGCAGUGGUCGACAGCGCAGUUCCACGCCGAUUUACUAUAAUCUCCUCACUGGUGCGUCCUGGAUUUUCAUUCUCCCCAGGAUUGGACUCACGUCUUUCGCUGCAGGCAGUGCGAUAGUCGCCCAGGCCGGUAUCUGGGUGCUGCUGAACACCGCCGCUAUUCUGCUGCAAGUGCAAUCCAUACUAGUCCUCCAGCCUACGUCGACGCCGCGCCAGAAGACCCUCGGCACCUACGUCCACUUCACCGUCUUGAUCCUCAGCCUGGGAGCUUUCAUUACAGCCUUCGCCAUCAUUGAGAUCAACAAGGGCGACCAUCCGCGCCUGACCUCGCCGCACGGCGUCCUCGGGCUGAUUACAUACAUCCUCAUCGUGCUGCAGGCAUUGGUUGGCGUGGCCCAGUUCUGGGUUCCGACAUGGGUCUUUGGCAGUGUCGACAAUGGCAAGAAGAUCUAUAAAUACCAUCGCGUGUCUGGGUAUACGCUGCUGGUGCUGGAGCUGGCAACAGUGGUAGCCGCCACACAGACCGCAUUUAGCGAGAGUGUGUUGCAUAUUGGCUUGUGGGCUGUGAUUGGGACGGUUAUUGUCACUGUUCUUGGUGUUGGGGCACGCAUCAGGAAGCAGAAGCUUGCUCCAUCGUUGGUACGGCGGAAAUUCAGUUCUACGUGUCGUCAAUGUCGUAGCGGAGAUCUUGCCCGGCCGCCGACAGCGCCGAAGCCCGUCCCCGACGUGAAGCUGAUUCGAGAACACGCCGACGUGUUCGCGCGCAAUUGCGUCCAUCGCAACUACGCUGCCUACGAAGAGUAUCCUCAGCGUAUCAAGGAGCUCUACUCAGAGACAAAGAAGCUCGAGCAGUUGCUGUUGGACCCUCGGAGGAAACUCAAGGAGUUGGAAAAGGCCAUCGGUCGCGUUGCCUCGCAGGGACUCCAGUCGGAGGAAAACAAGCAGAAACUGGCCGUUCUACGCGAAGAAGCACAGCUCCUGAAAAGAAAUUCGGAAGACACCUUGCUUCAGAAGGAGUCUCUCGAUAAUGAAAUCCAGCGGCUCGCUCUUUCGCUACCCAAUCUCACCUCCCCCGAAACCCCCGUUGGUGACGAGCCCCGGUUACUGGGGUAUAUCAACUUCGAUCCACAAGAACACCCGCAAUGGCUGAAAGAACGCCGCCGUCCAUUCCGGUCUCAUGUAGAGAUUGGCACGAUGCUUGAUUUGCUUGAUUUUACGAGUUCGGCAACAUCAACGGGCUGGGGAUGGUAUUUUCUUACAAACGAGGGAGCCCUGCUGGAACAAGCCUUGAUCCAGUACUCGAUGAGUGUGGCACUACGUCGUGGAUGGAAAGCUGUCUCGCCGCCAUCGAUUGUAUAUUCUUACAUCCAGGAAGCAUGCGGCUAUCAGCCGCGAGACCAUAAUAAUGAGCAACAAAUUUGGCACAUUGAGCAAAGUGAAAAGGACAAGGCCAAGCCCCAACGGUCGCUCGCCGGAACCGCCGAAAUCCCCCUGGCAGCUAUGUAUGCAGGACGAGACAUUGAUCAGUCGCUCUUACCUCUAAAGUUUGUCGGCACAAGUCGAUGCUAUCGCGCUGAAGCCGGUGCGCGCGGUGUUGAUACCAAGGGCUUGUAUCGGGUCCACGAGUUUACAAAGGUGGAACUCUUUGGCUGGUCAGAUAAUCCGCAAUCCGAUACUUCCUCUUCAGAUCCCACAUAUGCCGGUUGCACACCUUUGAAUGAAUUAUACGGCGAACUCUCGGAGAUACAGCUGGAGAUACUGAGCGCUUUGGAGCUUCCAUGCCGAAUACUCGAAAUGCCCACGAACGAUCUCGGAGCGAGCGCAUCGAGAAAACGCGAUAUUGAGGCGCUGUUUCCGUCACGUCUCCGUGCUCAACUUGGCGAAAGCGAGGUUGACCUCGAGACAGGAUGGGGAGAAGUUACGUCUGCUUCGAUCUGCACAGACUACCAGAGCCGUCGCCUAGGAACGAGGAUCCGGGGCGGCCAGGACAAAAAGUCGCGCUAUCCUCUCACAGUCAACGGCACAGCUGUGGCAGUCCCGCGAGUGCUCGCUGCCAUCUUGGAAAACGGCUGGGACGAAGCAAGACAAGUCGUCGCAAUCCCCAAGGCUCUGCGGCCGUGGAUGGGAGGGAUGGAGACAAUCGGCAAGAAGUGA